AUGACAAGAGCCAGCCAGCUUCCCAAGGCCGCGCGGGCCCUCUUUUUGAGAGAUCUUCCUGCAUCGCGUCUCACGAGACAAAGAGAGAACCUGAACCUGAUUGCAAACUACAAGGACUCCGCAUACAAAUUUCCCCAGGUGUCAAAAUUACAUCUCGUCUUUAAAAGUCACAACGCCUACGGCCAUAUGGGAGCCAAGCAGUUCUGGAAGUGGAAUCUUCGGACGAUCUGUUUCCACAACCCGGAUGUCAAUAUCGAGGUCACCAGAGUCAAGUGCCCAACAAAAGAGGAGCAACUGAAGUGUCCCAGCGUUUUGAAGGUGGUGUAUGCGGACGGGCGCGAAAAGAAGAUCGACUGCAAGUACAAACACUCUGAUGAUAUUAUGAAAGAGCUGGUAGAACUCACACAGGCUGUGAAGUGUCAAGAAGACGAGAUCCCUGUGCUCAAACAAUAA